AUGACGGUUAGACCUAAUGCAAGCCAAUCCUUGCCCAUAACGGAAGAGUUCAAUGCAGGUUCUGUUGGUACGAAUUUUAUGCCCCAUAUAAUCCAUGUCAAUGCUGGAAAUGACGUCCCAAUGCAACCUGAUUCUUCUGUGGGUAUUUUGAGCCCUGAUGGUCGCGUUGUCGGGGGAGGAGUCGCUGGAAUUCUCGUAGCGGCUAGUCCAGUGCAGGUUAUCGUCGGUAGUUUUCUACCUAGCAACCAGCUUGAGCCGAAACCAAAGAAGCUGAAGAAUGGGUCUGACAGGCCAAGAGAGUUCCUGUCUCUCUAUCCAGAAGGGGCUGAAAAUAUCAAGGGCGUGCUGCAGCAGAAUAUGAAGAAGAAAGAAGAAGAAUGGAAGCACGGGUUGGAAGAGCAUGGAGCAAGUUUUACAAAACCAGAACUGAAACAAAAUGAGAAGGAGAAGGAAGAGCAGGGGCCUGUAGGUGUUGUUGGUGCAAUUGCACCCCGGAACUUUCCCUUGGCUAUGAUUACUCGGAAUGUUGGUCCUGCACUCGUAUGUGGUAGUACGGUAGUCAUAAAACCCUCUGAAAUUGCGCCUCUCACAGCUUUGGCAGCAGCUGAGCCCUCUCUUCAGGCUGGAAUACCCCCGGGCGUUGUCAACGUGGUAAGAAAGAUCACAUUCACGGGCUCAAUAGCAGUUGGAAAGAAGUUGAUGGCAGGUGCUGCUGGGACUGUUAAAAUGGUAUCUCUGGAAUUUGGUGGCAAUGCAACCUACAUAAUUUUUUAUGAUGCAGACCUGGAUGUGGCAGUAAAAGGAACUCUUGCAGCAAAGUUCCGUAACAGUGGACAGACAUGUGUUUGUGCAAAUGGAGUUUGUGUGCAAGAAGGUAUCUACGAGAAAUCUGUAAAUGUUUUUUUUAAAGCUGUCCAAAAUCUCCAAGUUGGGGAUGGCUUUACUGUGGGUGUGGUCCACGGUCCUCUGAUCAAUGAAGCUGCAGUGAAAAGGGUGGAAGGGCAGGGAUUAAUUUUUGGAAAACUAGAGUUCUUCCUUGGGGACAAGGAAGAUGUUAGGGGAGAGGGAUGA